CUCGCAUAGACAACCAUGUUUCUAUAGAUAUUAAAAACAACGGCAAGUUUCGCGUUCUUGAUAUUGUGCCGUCGCCAGAUAAGAUAUUAAUUAAAAAUGGCUUGCUCAGUAAUGGGUCCAGAAAAUGACAAGAGAUGUGGUAGUCCUGCUUAUUCAAGAAUUGCUUCCUCUGCAAGUGUAUCAUCUAUUGCUUCUUUUCCUGAGUAUGACUUGAGACCAAAUAUGAAACUAGAGGAUAUUAAAAACAGAUUAUCUGGCUUAGUGGGAAGCAAAGGCUCAGAUUUAAUCCAGGCAUGCAAAAACUUUGAUCGGAGAUCAACCAAUAAAAUACCAAAGGCUCAGUUUAGACAAGUUCUGAGAACAUUUUGUUUUCCUAUAACUGCUGCACAAUUUAAUGCUCUGUUAAAUGAGGUUAAUAUGAAUCAGCCUGGAAAGAUAAAUUAUGUUGAUUUUUUCACCAGAAUAUCAGGUGGGAAAAACAUCAAUGUACAAAUAACUUCUGAAAAAGUUUCUGAUGAUCUUCCAAUUGAUGAAGUAGAAUUGAGAAUCAAGCAGAAGAUUAAAUCCAGAUUAUAUGAUAUAAUACGUGCUUUCUGGCUGUUUGACAUAAACAAGGAUGGUUUGAUACAGAAAACUGAGCUACGUCGAAUCAUUCGAAAUUACUGUUUUGACCUGAGUGAUGAAUUGUUUGAUGAUUUGUGGAAAAAUUAUGAUCCUAAAUUAACUGGUGUGAUCAAGUACAAAGAUUUUUUGAUAAGACUGGGUAUAAAUGCUGAUCGAUACCAAAUGUACAUGCCAUCAGAGACUGUAGCCCAAGCUUUAUGUUGGUCUGAUAAAAAAGCCAAAGAUACAACUGAUGAAAUUUGCUUGGAGCAAAGAAGUCGAAGAGCUGCUAUAGAAAAUAGAGAUGAUCCUGCUAUUCAAGGCUUACCAAUAGAAGAAAUUGAGAAUGUCCUAAUGAAACGGCUACAAAGAAGAGCCAAGACAUUGAAGAAUAUUUUUAAAUUAUUUGAUUAUGAGAACAAUGGCCAAAUAUCUCUUUCUGACUUUCGAGGAGCUAUAAAUUUCUUUGCUUUGCCUAUGUCUACAAGUUUAUUUAAUAGAGUGCUAAAAAGACUUGAAUUAAAUUGCUCAGACCCUGAUUAUAAAAUAAACUAUCAUGAUUUCCUUGAAAAAUUUUGCAAGCAGAGUUCUGGUGCUGGUGCCCAGAAAUCACAUCAGAGAGAAUCGGAAAAGUUGGAUUGUUAUCCUGUGAUCCAGCGCAUUAAAAAUCAUGUCCUAAAUCCCGAUGCACGCCUACGCUCAGUUUUUACUAAAACCACUCAGGAUAAAGAAUGGCAAAUUACUAGACAAGAAUUAAGAAAGGCCAUAGAAAGUAGUUUGGAUUUUCGACUGACAGAUGAUGAAUUUAAGGAACUUGUUACCAUAUUAGAUCCAGGUAAUACUAAUGUCAUCAACUGCAUGGAUUUUUUACAACUGUUUGAUGGGCCUUGUGAAGGAGUUUUUAUGGGAGGAGAUAGCUUGUCUUCGAGAAAUAGUGGUCCCAAAGAUGAAAGUAAAUAUAAAGAUCUACAUGGAAACAGGUUAAAGUCUAAAUUAAAACACAAUUUGAAUAAGAAUAUUUUGGAUGUGGAAAAGGCUAUUUUAGUAUGUGACCUUCAUCAAAGUGGCUUUAUCUUACCAGAAAAACUUCAUAAUAUCUUAAAUGGUCUUUGUAUGCCUUUGACUGAUGAUCAAUUUCAAGAAAUCAUAUCUGAAUUUCGUUUGCAUGGAGAUAGCUUAAAUUAUAAGGAAAUUUUAGAUGCUUACAAGAAAUCGCCUGGAGAGGAUACUAAAAAAUGGGUUUCUACAAUCGAUAAACUUGCCACUUUUAAAUCCAGAUGUCCUCCUGAGCUUCCAGUGGAUGAAGUAGAAGAAAUAUUGCGGGAAUGUGUGCAAUCCAGAAAAACAGCCAUGCUUAAAGAUUUCAAAGCUCUUGAUGUUUGUAAUGUUGGCGUUGCCUGCAAAGAUGAUGCAAGAAAUAUCUUAAACAAGUUUUCUUUUCGUUUUAGUGAUAAACAGUUUAAUGAAUUAUGGAAGAAAUUUCCUGUCAACAAAUACAACCAGCUUGUGUAUGAUCAAUUUUUAGAACAGUACGCACCUUCAGGGGCACAAGCAAAGACAAAGACUGUACCAAAAAGUUCUGCUGAACAUAGUGAUUCAUCCAAAUCAAAACCUACCCCUGCUCCUACAUCCCCUGAUAGAGGUAGCAAUGUUGGAGGUAAUACAAGUGGGAGCUCUAGUCCUCCUUGUGGAAUGCAUCAGAAGUACAGUGAGCGGAGGUCUGAUGAGGAAAAUAGGAAAACUGCUAAAGAAAUAUUGUAUGCAAGCGCACCUCAUUUGCGGCGAAUCAUUGACACGAUAGAACCAGCCAUUGUGCGCAAUUUCCGAGCCAUUCGUUUCCAUCUAAGACGUGCUGAUCCUAAAGUCACCGGUUUUGUGGAUUUCAAUGUACUGAAGAACAUAUUAGCAAAAUCUGGCAUCCAAUUUAACAAAGAGGACGAAUUUCAUGUUCUGGAAUAUUUUGAUUCCCAUCUAAGUGGUAAAAUUAACUACAGGGAUUUCUUACGCAUUUUUGUAUGGUAUGCAUGAUUUUAACAAACUAAUUUUCGACAAUUUAGGUAUUAGGAUGAAUCUGCAGAAAUUCAA